AUGGCUCUAGCUGCACAACAAUCUUUAUUAGACGAAUUAAUGGGCAAAGGUCGUAAUGCAGCGAAAGGUGAAAAAAUUCAUAAAUAUCGUUUUGAUGACCCAAAUGUUUGUAAAUAUAUGCUAGUUGAUUAUUGUCCACAUGAUUUAUUUGUUAAUACUCGACAAGAUCUUGGACCCUGUGAUAAAAUUCAUGAUAUUAGUCUUCAACAUGAUUAUCAACAAAGUUCACGUUAUGGAAAACUUGGUUAUGAAGAUGAUUAUGAACGUUUUCUUAAAUCAUUAAUAUCUGAUGUUGAACGACGUAUUAAACGUGGACAAGAACGUCUACGCAUAACUCAAGGUGAUCCGAAUGCUGUUAAUGAUCCACAUAGUCUUAAGAAUGAAACUAUCAAUAGAAUAAAAUCUCUUGAAGAAAAAAUAACAUCACAUGUUUUAAAAUCUGAACAACUUGGAAAUGAUUGUCGAAUUGAUGAAGCACAACAAGUUUUAAAUGAAUGUGAAGAAAUGAGAGAAGAAAAGAAAAAACUUGAAAUGCAAUUAGCUGAAGAACAAGCAAAUGCAGAUAUGAAUAAAGCUAUGGAAGUAUGUACUGUUUGUGGAUCAUUUCUUAUUGUUGGUGAUAUACAAAGUCGUCUUGAUGAACAUAAUAGUGGAAAACAACAUGCUGGUUAUGCAAAAAUUAGAGCAACACUUGAAGAGUUAAUUGUAAGUUGA